GGCAGGGUGAGGUGUGUUUGUAAAGAAGGUUAUUAAUGCUGAAGCAGAUCAGCUGACUUUAACUUGCAAUGAUGGCUCUCUACAAGGCGAUCUGUGUGACGGCUCUGCUGACUCUGCUGACACAAGAGUCUGCUUCACAGCUGUCAGCCUGUGGAAAGGCAACAUUGAACACCAGGAUUGUUGGAGGACAGGAGGCUCCAGCAGGGAGCUGGCCCUGGCAGGUCAGUCUGCACACCUCGGCUCACUUCUGUGGAGGAUCUCUGAUUAACAAUCAGUGGGUUCUGACUGCUGCUCACUGCGUCCCAAAUGGCAACCCAAACGGUAUCACGGUGUAUUUGGGCCGCCAGAGUCAGCAGGGAACCAACCCAAAUGAAGUCAGUCGGAAAGUAUCGCAGAUCAUUGUUCAUCCUGACUACAACUCCGUCACUGACAACAACGAUAUCGCCUUGAUGAAGCUCUCCACAGCUGUAAUGUUCACCUCGUACAUCUCACCCGUCUGCCUGGCGGGCUCAGACAGCACCUUUUACAGCAGCGUCAACUCCUGGGUUACGGGCUGGGGCGACAUUAGAUCUAGUGUGCCUCUUCCUAAUCCUCAAAACCUGAUGGAAGUGGAGGUGCCGGUUGUGGGAAACAGACAGUGUAAAUGUAGCAAAUAUGGAGCGAGCAAAAUCACUGACAACAUGAUCUGUGCAGGAUUACUCAAAGGAGGAAAGGACUCCUGUCAGGGAGACUCAGGAGGUCCAAUGGUAAGCAAACAAAAUGGCCGCUGGAUUCAGUCAGGAGUUGUGAGUUUCGGCAUCGGUUGUGCUCAGCCUGAUUACCCAGGAGUCUAUACUAGGGUCUCAAAGUAUGAGAAGUGGAUCAACUCCCAGAUCAAUACCAACCAGCCGGGCUUCGUCACCUACACAUCUUCUGGACCAGACAGCGACCUCAGUGUUUCCUGCACUGACGUGCCACCUAUCCCAACCCCCACAACAGCGGUAUACUGUGGCCGUGCUCCACUAGGUUCUCGUAUUUUGGACGGUAGUUCUGUGGCGACAGCUGGCGAGUGGCCGUCGAUGGCAAGCGUGCAGAAGAAGGGGCAGCAUGUGUGUGGAGGAACACUAGUGUCCAUGCACUAUGUUCUGAGCAACGCUGACUGCUUCUCAGGCUCCCCUAAUGUCUCUGAGUGGACGGUUGUGUUGGGUCAACUGAAGCAGAAUGGAUCCAACAGGUUUGAGAUGUCUUUGAAUGUGUCGAAUAUCACCAUGAGCAACCUGACAGGGUCCAACAUCGCAUUGCUUGAGCUGUCCACCAAGCCCACCCUGAACAACUACAUCCAGCCCAUCUGCCUGGACAAUGAUAGAAAUUUCAUGGCAGGUUCUACAUGUUGGGCUACUGGCUGGAGCUCUGGAAGAGGAGGAGAAGAGGCAAUUCUGCAGGAGUUUCGAACAUUGGUGCAAACUUGUGAUAAUGUGUCCUCAAGUGAGAAGAUUUGUACGGAACAGUUUACACUGGAACAAGGUGACUCUGGCGGUCCGCUCAUGUGCAAACAGAACGGUGUUUGGUUCCAGGCAGCUGUGCUGUUAACCGUGAACACCUCCACCAGUCUAAAUCGAGCCAGUUCUGUGAUGGUCUUUGACAAAGUCAGUCGUUUUCAGGAGUUCCUGAGUCGGACGCUUGGGACCUUCUUAUCUCCAGAACCCACCGUUAACAGUACCACCGCCCCAUCCUCCAGUAGAAUCCAUCAGGUUCACUUCCCCCUCUUCUUCUGCCUCCAUCUCCUCGUCCUCGCCUUGUGUCUCCCACUCUUCUCAUAGCAUUUGCUGAUUGCCACGAUGGUGGACUAAAGUCUAAACAAAUCUUUAAUUUCUAUAUAUUGAAACUGGUCCUCUGUCAGGGCUUGAGUCGUCCUCUUUGGGUUGAUGGUGGAAGCUGAAGGGGAGAUGUUUGAGGUUGCUGAAUCAAGCAUUUGGGGCUCUGAUCUUUUGAUUUACUGGUGAUGCACACAAUCCUGUGUAAAACACUAAAUUUGGUAUGUUUUCAUUAACAGGAGUUUUACUUAAGUCUGUUAUGUUCAAAAGUUCUCCAGAUGUUCUAAAUAUCGUUCAAUGCUUUUUUUAAAAAUAGUUGAUUAUUUUCCCUUUUGAAUUUGCAAACUGUAAGAAAAACUGAGGGAAGGUUUGGCUCCUUUGAAGCAGAAAGGUUAAAUUAAGACUUUAACCUUCUGAAGGUGAUAAUAUGAAGAAUUUUUAAAGCUGCUGUAAAUUUUACAAAUAUGUAUCUUAGCAGUGAUUUUCACAGAAUAAGAAGAAACAUGAAUAAUGUAGAUGAGACCGUUUUAUUAUUUUGAACAUUUGAAAUAAUUCUGUUAAAUUGUCUGAUAAGUUAAAUAGCUGUUUUGAUGAUUUUGAUGUUGGAUUCAAACAGAUUUACUGUGAAAGCAUAAUGUUCUCAAGUCGAGACCUGCUGACCAUUAUGGGAAGUUUUACCACAAACCAGUAUGCACUUAUUAUUCACAGACCAUAUUUGCACUAAUCACCAUAAUAAUAAUAAUAAUCUGUAAUUAUUCUGGGUUGGUUCUAUGUCUUCACACUGAAAUAUAAGUCAUGUUUUUAAAUUAACUGAUUGAUUUAGUGACUCUUUCUGUUGCAUAUUGUAGUUGUUUACAUAAUUAGCAAUAAAAUUAAAUAAAUACCCUAA